AUGGAAAAAGCACCGGCCGCUAGGUUGGAGUCCUCAUCCUGCCCACCCGACUCUUCCCCCGCCACCUUUAAAUCUUCACUACCAUGCCCAUGCCCUCGAACAUGGUUUAAUCAAGAUGCAGCUCCGAGGUACCGUGUUCAUCUUUUCCCCCAAAUCGCCUCUGCUACUAUCGUGAAGAAGACGACCCCCGACACUGAUCUUUUGAAAGGUUGGAAAGCUGGUGCAAGUUGGAGUUUUCCCCUUGGAAAGAAAAACAAGGAUGAGGAGGACCACACCUGUGCAAUCAGAGAGGUCUUGGAGAAAACUGGAUUUGACAUUUCCAAGCUUUUGAAGUUGGAAGACAAUAUUGAAGUUGUAAUAGGGCAGCAAAGAAUGAGACUCUACAUUAUUGCUGGAGUGAAGAAAGAUACGGUCUUUGCACCUCUAACAAAGAAAAAAAUAAGCGGGAUUUCUUGGCAUCGUCUUGAUGAGCUUCAGCCAGCUGGUAAUGAUGUAAUAUCCCGUGGAUCAAAUGGGUUGAAGCUGUUUAUGGUCGCUCCCGUCUUGAUGCCUGUUAAAGCGUGGAUGUCUGCACAUUAUCCUACAGGUCAGAAAUUUGAUGUUUCUGUGAAAGGUGCAACAUGCUGGAAGGCAAAAGCGAGCUCAACUGGACGCAUGAGUGAUGCAAUACCCUCUAUAACUGGUGUAUAUGGGCAUACCAAUGCACAUUUGACUGUCAUUAGUCCUAUUAAAAUCUUCAGGAAACUUCGGAUUUGAGUCUGGUUCUCAUUGUAAGGGUUCUGGAAGCUGCUUUUGCCAAGUGUUAGAUGGUACUUCGGUGACCCCUUGUAUGUGUGUUACUUGAUAGCUGUUCUUUUUUCUCUUGCCCUGUGAAAAUACAAUUCCUAGUUUAUUUCUCAAGUGAAAGUAAGCAGCAUCCCAUACGGUUCUUGUGGCCAGAACAGUGUUGUGUAUGAACAGGCCCUCAGGCUUUUACAAGAUAGAAUGUGUUGGCGCCGUGUUUUCUUGCUAUUAAGGCCACUAUAUUGGGAUGUGCUAAAGUGGCAGAGCGUCGUUGAGGAUGUUUUAUUUUUGUACUUGCUAGAGACUAGAGAGACAGGCAAAGGAACUCUCUGUAGGAUGACCAACGAUCAUGUCAUUGAAAAAUGGGGCAUUAUGCAGUUGAAAUUUGUGCCC